CCGGCAUUGAUCACUUAUUCUAGGAUUUGCAGCGCUAAAGAUGAUUUCCGAAGCCUUAGUGAGGUUUUACCUUGCGAACCGUUCCGAAAUCGACAAUUUUUUUCAAUGUCGCUUGGACGAGGUAAACACUCUAAUGACGACGUGUAUGCCAGUGCUAACAGAGCUAUGUAGACUGCUGUUGGAAAUCGGUGUCAACGUACUGGGGCUCGGCAAUCUGGCGGUCCAUACGCUGGCCAUUCCGAUGGAAGUUAUAGCUCGCUUUGCUUAUGAUCGGCCGCUCGUCUUCACCGGCAUUUGUAUCGCAGUGCUGUUGCUCUGGCAAUUUGGAGGCGCAAUCGUGGCAUUUCUGCAAUCCGCAUCGGCAGCAACCGUUGUUUCAAACCCUGAGAUCGCUUCUGCUCUUACUACUGAUAUUGCGAUACCCGCAUUCACAAUGGCGAUUGGCGCUUUACGAUGAAAUGGUCCGAGGGAUGUUCACAUAGAACGUUUUGAACAUUUUUCAGGGCGUCUUCAAUGAACUAUUGGUGUAAAUAUAAGUAAUGAAUUGCACGAUUAAUGUCAUUAUCGGGGAUAUGAACGCAGUUAGGCUGGUUAAAAUACGCGUGGACUCCACACCAUUUAACCAGCCCAACAUCGUUUAAUCCCUGAUAAAGUCAUCAAUCCCGCAAUUUAUUCGCUAGUUUUGGACUUUGGGUCAAGCCAUUCAAGCAAUCGCGUUCUGGAGUUGAUCACUUGGCCUUCAAAUUAAAAUCAGGCGUUUUUGUACAAAUAAAAAGAAAUCCUCUGACAUACAAAUGUCUUCGAUAACCCGUCCAUGUAUACGGGCCCAAAUGGCGUUUUGUAGAUGAAGUCGAUAAAGUUACAGAUACAAACCGGCUGAUUUUCACAACGGGUUACCAUUGUGACUAUGUGGAACAUCCUAAAUAAUGCAAACGUUCACCCGCUAUGUGUCCUUUGUUUUUGUCCAUGCCGUAAGCUUAAGAUCACAUACCGGGUCGAACUUGUUUACAUAUUGAAAUUUGUUAAUUUCUAAAGUGAGACAUGACAUGUACAAAAGUGCCUGCUUUGAAGAUGUAUUGCAUUUGGAGAUUAAUUAAUUCGUUAAUUUUUAUGUUUGUUGAUGUCAAACACGUUUCAACUUGUUUAUCUAAAAUUUGCGAACUGCGAUACUGGUUAAUAUAAUGGCAUGGAAGAAAUGUUAUUCAUUGUUAUUGUAAAAAUGCACGAAUAACCUUUGAGUAAUAGUUUAUUAUAUGCAUAGCGGUAUACUAGAACGCCUAUUUUACAAUUGUCAGGCCAAGCGAUUGAGGAUCCGUCGCAUAACUGGGAUAGCUCGAUAGGCUUGAACCAAACUUUAAAUUUCUGUGUUAAAUCCUGAGAAUGUUAAGACUGCUAUCCUUUCCCUUAUUUUUCUGUUGUUGAAUAAGUUUAACCCGAAUAUUUGUUACUUUUAUACUCAAUAAACAUUUCCUCUUA